AUGCAGUUGUUUGGAUCAACCAGUAGCUCGUUAUGGGCUUUGUCUACCAACUUGAAGUUUGCUCUUGCCACCAAAGUGUUUGCUCCGUUGACUAUAAAUACCGAACCAGACUCCGUGGUGCAAUUGAAGGAUAAAGAUUUCGAAUUGUUUGAACCCAAUGCCAUAGUCCGUUAUUUGGCCGAUGACUUUGAAGAUGAUUCCUUGGUUAAUGCCGAGCAGACUAUUUUGUAUCGUGGUAUCAAGCUGAACAAGAAGGAGAAGGCUGUAGCUGCAUUGCAAGAGAUGAUUAAUUGUGCCACUAAGUGGUACGCCAAGGCAGAAGUGACUGCUCAUCAAGUGAUUGUAUUUGCCUCAGUCUAUGCCAUAUUAAAAGAUUCAGAGGAUACAGACUCUGAAGUGUAUCAAUGGUUUAACCAGUUUAAGCAAUUACCUAAAGUCCAAGAUGCUAUUGCCUUGGCUCUUCUGAUCACUAAAGUUGAAAGAACCCCAGAAACCAAUACGGGCGUCCGUAGAGUUAAGUUGGAUCAUAAGGUUAGAGUUUUAGGCAAUAAUAUCUUGCCUAAGGAAGGUGAAAGAAAUAUCUUGAUCACCAGUGCCUUACCAUAUGUUAAUAACGUUCCUCAUUUGGGUAAUGUGGUGGGGUCUGUGUUAUCUGCUGAUAUUUACUCUCGUUAUGCAAAGAACAGAAACUAUAAUGUUCUUUUUGUUUGUGGUACCGAUGAAUAUGGUACUGCUACUGAAACCAAGGCCUUGGAAGAAAAGGUUACUCCAAGACAAUUGUGUGAUAAAUAUAACAAAAUCCAUAAAGAUGUCUAUGAUUGGUUUGACAUCAACUUUGACUACUUUGGUCGGACUUCAACUCCUCAACAAACAGAAAUUGCUCAAGAUAUCUUUAACAAGUUACAUCAACAUGGUUACUUAGAGGAACAAACCAACGAACAAUUGUAUUGUGAAACCCAUAAUGCUUUCCUUGCUGAUAGAUUUGUUGAAGGUACAUGUCCUAAAUGUGGUUAUGAAGAUGCUAGAGGUGAUCAAUGUGAUAAAUGUGGUAAUUUGUUGGACCCUUUUGAAUUAAUUAAUCCUCGUUGUAAAGUUGAUGAUUCGACUCCUGUUAAGAAAGAAUCCACUCAUAUUUACCUUAAAUUGAAUGAAUUGGAACCAGAAUUGAAAGAAUGGGUUGCUGAAGCCAGUGAAAGGGGCCAUUGGUCCAAAAACUCCAAGACAAUCACCAACUCUUGGUUGAAACAAGGCUUAGAACCAAGAUGUAUCACUCGUGAUUUGGUUUGGGGUACUCCAGUUCCCUUGGAAGGUUACGAAAAGAAGGUGUUGUACGUCUGGUUCGAUGCCUGUAUCGGUUAUGUUUCCAUUACUGCAAAUUACUUUAAGGACAAGAAUCCAAACGAUUGGGAAAAAUGGUGGAGAAACCCCGAAAACGUUGAAUUGUAUCAAUUCAUGGGUAAAGAUAAUGUUCCAUUCCAUACCGUGGUCUUCCCAUCUUCUUUAAUUGGUACUCGUGAUAAAUGGACUAAAUUACACCAUUUAAAUACUACCGAAUACUUGCAAUACGAAGGAGGUAAGUUCUCUAAGUCUAGAGGUGUUGGUGUUUUUGGUAACAGUGCUAAGGAUACUGGAGUUCCCGCAUCUGUUUGGAGAUACUAUUUGGCAAGUGUUAGACCAGAAACUUCAGACUCUCAUUUCUCUUGGGAUGAAUUUGUUACCAAGAAUAACAGCGAAUUGUUGGCUAACUUGGGUAAUUUUGUUAACCGGGUAGUUAAAUUUGCCAUUGCCAAAUACAACGGUGUUGUACCUGAGUUCAACACCAAGAACAUUAAGGGUUACGAGGAAUUUGAAUCUGAUGUCAACGCCAUCUUAAACAACUAUAAUGAUCAAAUGGAACAAGUUAACAUGAGAAGAGGUUUGGAAAUUGCCAUGUCCUUGAGUAGUAGAGGUAAUUUGUUCUUACAAGAUAACAAAUUAGAUAACAGUUUGUAUUCCAACUUCCCAGAAGUUUCAGAUGCUGUUGUUGCUGUUGCCUUGAACUUGAUUUACUUAGUUGGUGCUGUUAUUUCUCCAUUUAUGCCAGAAACAAGAGAUCAAAUUGAUGAAAUCUUGAACACUCCAAGCUUGUCUAUCACAGACAAGUUUGUUUUACCUUUGGAACCUGGCCAUUGUAUUGGUAAGGCCCAAUACUUAUUCAAACGUAUAGACGAGAAGAAGAUUGAAGAAUGGAGAGCCAAAUAUGGCGGUCAAAAGAAGUAG